CGCCCGCCUCCGUUGCCCGCCUCUGCGAAGGGGCUGCUGGGAGUUGUAGUGGAGGGGGCAGCGAGAACAUGGCGGCCAAGAUUAACGUAGUGCUGCGGCCGGUGAAGAGCAUCGUGGUCCGCUUCUGCCCCUUCGAGUCCAACGUGGAGAGCACCAGAAAAUUUCUUGAAUGUAUAAGCCGUAAAAAAAUACAAGCCACUAACAGGAACUGCGAAGUGACUGCAGAUGUGAGACACGAUGGGUCUGAACCACUUGUGGAUGUUAUGUUUGCUGAUGGAGAGCGAUUGAUAAUGAAAGGAGCCAACCUGACGACAGUAGAGAUGUUAACAGCACUGGGGUCCAGAUGUAAUACAAAAGAGCUUAAGGCAGAACAGAAAAGCCAGAAGAAUCACUGAAGAACAGAACAACUGUGUUUGCAUUUACAUGUGUUAAAACAGGAAACCGUACAGAAGGAUUUCUCCGAUGCAACAAAUUCUAAGAGAGAUGGCUGAAACACUGACCAGGUUAACAUAGAGCAAAUUGAACUAUUUAAAUGUUCUCCUAUCUUCCACAAAAUGAAGGCAUAAUGCAUUGACAGAUCAUCAUCUACUAGUGGAUCAGAGUGACUCAAGAUGCGUGAAUGCACCUUUCUAAGCACCUGCCUCUGUCAUCUGCAUGUUGGACUAAUAUCACAUGUAUUUGCAUAUAACUAUGAAUACUGCACAUUAGUUAAUAAAUACUAAAGUGAAGACGGGUCUCUAGAUGUUAUCUCCAACAUUUUUUCUAUGUGUUGGAACACAAAAUAUUACAGCAGUUAUCAUUUGUGAAAACUAAUAAAUAUCUGAAGACUUUAAAAAUAUUCAUCAUUGACGUAGCCGAGGAACUGCAAGCUGCAAUUACAGAGUAGAUUUUCUGAUACUCAGUUUAUAUUACCUCUGUUGCUAAGUCCCUGUCAUUUUCUAUUUUUCAAGAAAGUGUGAGAUUUGCUAAAUGUAAAUUUAGCUCAGCAAUUAAUGUAACAAGGCAAUGGGACUGUGAACACACAGUAGAGCUUCUCAUCCUGCAUAAAAGUAGCAAAGUCUAGCUCAAAGGGAAACAUAAGUUAAUGUUUUUGAUAAUUGGAGAAAAGGUCUAUCUUUGAAGUUCAGUUUUGUAAUAUUUUUGUCACUCAGUUGUGGGAGAUUUCAUUAUAUAUUUUAUAAAGAUCAAAGGGAGAGCUUUAUUUGGUGUUUAUAGCCUGGUGUCCAACCCUAUUAUUUAUUAACGUAAGUGCUUAGGUGUCUCAUCUGUAUUGCAGAGCUCUGGGGGUUUGGAAGGGCUGAUCUGUCCUCAGGCUGUGCAGGUGAAGGUGUCAACUGCACAUGCAUUUCAUGUGCAUCAGUUUUGUUCUAGUUCAGUUCUUAAUGAAAAUGUAACCGAAGUUCUAGUUUCAAGAACUGCAGGUGUAGUCCUAUUGAGGUAUGAGUUCUACCUGUUGUUAAUCAGAUGCUCGACUUUUUAUAAAAUGUUAGUAUGUACAUUUAGUCAUACAUUUAGUAUGACAUUAAUUUGACAGCAGACUUAGGGCAUGAAUCUUGUAUCUAAAACUAACCUGAACUUAUUUUUGCCAAGAUUUGUAAAUGGAGACUGUCCUUUCUGAAAGCAACAUUGUUUUAUCUAGCAGCAUGUUUAAGGUCUGUCUUCACAACUUCUUCACCAAGUUGUUGAAGUCAAGGUGAUCUCUUUAUCACCUUGCAGAUGGAGGUGCAGAGCUGUGCUAAACACACACCUGUGAUGUUUUAUGAUGGCCUCUUCUGCGUGUUUGCAAGAAAUAGAAGAGGGUGAGAUAAAAUGAUUGGGGCAGGUAGGUCAAUGAAAUUCAGACACGGGAACAACACGUGUGAACUACUUUGUCUGGGAUGAAUACCUUCUCUGCAGUCUGUUAUCCUUUUAUUAUUAUUAUUAUUUAUUUAUUUAUUUUAAUUAGGCCACCAGCUCUUUGAGGUGGUUCCAGAAUGCUGAGCUCCUGAACCUGCUACUGAGCUCCCUUCUAGUGAAGGAGUUAUGAAAACGUGAAAUUCCUUGAAAGGAUUGCAAGUCCUGUGAAGCUAAAAGAGUAUUUCAGAAAGUGAACAAAAUAGAAAAAAAGUUAUUCAAAGGACAGUUUGAGGGUUUUUUGUUUGUUUGUUUGUUUGUUUUUCAGUUUAGAGGAAUAUUUUGUGGCAUGAUGUUACCUGUAUUGGUCUUAGAGAGAAUGUGAGAAGUGGGAAAACACUGAAGAAUUAUUUUAGUCCCCAGUUAAUCAUGUAUUUGUAUGCUCAAAAGGUGAUUUUUGUGAUCUAUUUAUUUUUUUUAACAAUUUGUACAACAAUUAAGUAAAUUAUGCAAAGGUUGUCUUCAAAUGUGAAGCACUUAUAUCCAUUGUAAACAAUUAGCCACAUAUAUCCACUUAGAGAAUAAAACAGGGGUUAAGUAA